AUGUCCAAAAUGCAUAAGGGUAAAAUUCAUAUAGGUAACACAGCUUUAAAUGAAAUUUCUCGAAUGUUUUUCUUUCUCUUCCGUAGAUUAUCAAGGUAUCAUCUAAAAAGAUUUUUAUUUGGUAUAAUAUUUAUUCAAUUUAUUUUAUUCAUUAUCAUAUGGUCCUCGAGUUAUAAAAGAACCACUGAAAAAGCUUUAACUCAACAACAAAUACUAGAUUUGGAGCAUCAGACUAGGAUUAAUCCCCACUUGGUUGAUCCAGAUUAUGAGUAUUUUAGAAAUUCUAAUAAUAAUAACGGUAAUGAUGUCUCAGAUGAUUAUAUAAGUUUUCUAUCCGACUAUUUCUCUAGUUGGUAUUCAUCAGAUGGCUCAGACAUGGAUCAAUCUGUUGCAGAUGUAGACACUGUAUCUAGAUUAUAUGAAAAAUUCAGAUACAAUACAAAACCUUUCUGGUUUGAUGACUAUACUUUACAAAAAAACCUAUUGACUAUCCCAUAUGGUCCAAACAGAGGUCAAAAAUGGACUUGUAUCGAUGAUAUUCAAUACUAUAACAGUGACCCAAGAUUGAUUUGGUCUGUUUAUAUGGACUAUAUCAUAAAUAAUUAUCCACAACAUAACCAAAAAAAUAUUGCCUACAAUUGGAAGUUUCCUUUCUCUUGGUAUGAUUGGAUUGAUAUGCAUGAUUUAAAUAAAUUGAUCUCUUUGAACGAAACAAGACCCACAUGUGAGUUCUUAUUUGAGGGCUCUUUUUAUAAAGACACUUUGUUGAAGAUCGAGAAUGAAGUAGGAGAAACUUUAUUUGAUAAUGGUCGUUCCAAAUAUGAUCAGGAUGGAUGGUACGUUUAUGCAAAACAGUAUGGUGAUAAUGAUAUCCUUGGAAAAUUGAAGGAUUAUUGUACCUAUUUGGUGGAUAAACCAAAGUUUUCAACUGGCCUAAAUAUUACUAAGCAAGAUCCAAAAUGUAGACCUGAAGUGUUUCAACUACAAAAUAGAAAUUAUGUUUAUUCUUCACUGAAACCUCCUUUAUCUCUCUCGGUCACUGCAUUGAAUGGGAAAACUUAUCAAUUUUAUUUUGAUCAAAAUGGUCCACGACAAAAUAUGAUAGAAUCUAAUCUUCUACAAGAUUUUAUUAAGAAUAACUUGGAUUUGCCUUCUCUAAAUAACACACAGAACCUUUUAGAUUAUAAUGAUCUGGUAUUUAACCAUUUCGAGAAAUUUAAUAAUUUCUUGGAGAAUUAUAAUAUAUCCAAAAAUUUUGUUGUUAAUGUUAAAGAAACAGAUAGCAAUCUAAUAAACUUAGAAGAAUUGAUCCUAGAUGAAGCUGAUUUUGAAUUCGAUCCAAUUGCUAAAAUCAAAGAACUGGAAGCUAUCCCUGAAGAAGAAAUGACUCCACAUUUUAAGAAUUAUUUGGACAGUCUACGUACCUCAAUCACUUAUGCACCUGAAUUUAGUCCCAAAUAUUUUCAAGAGAGUGGUGAUAUUCAAGAUUAUUACGGGAUUGGGUAUCAUCGUGAUAGUAGGUUUUUCAACGUGGACAGUUUCCUUUUUGACAAACAAGAAUAUGCAAAUAGAUUGAAUUCAAUGAUUAGAACUUUUCAAAAAUUUACUCUAUCUAAUGGUAUCAUAUCUUGGUUGUCACAUGGUACACUCUAUGGGUAUAUGUUCAACGGUGAAACUUUUCCAUGGGAUGAAGAUUUCGACUUGCAAUUACCUAUCAAGCAUUUAAAUUAUUUAGCACAAUAUUUUAAUCAAAGUAUUAUUCUGCAGGAUCCAAGAGAAGGUAAUGGGAGGUAUCUUAUCGAUGUAUCAAGUUCUAUCACAGUACGUACUAAAGGCAAUGGUAAUAACAAUAUCGAUGCAAGGUUUAUUGAUUUGGAUUCUGGGUUAUAUAUUGAUUUGACUGGACUUAGUGUUUCUUCCAUUUUCGCUAAUGUUAAAGUUAGGGGGUAUAUGCAAGAACAAUUAAAAGAACUGCAUUUACAUACAAAUAAUUCCGUGUUACAAGUCCCAGAGGAUUCAAACGCAAAGAAUUCAGAUUAUCUAGGGUUAAUGGAUAUAUAUCAAUUACAUGAUUAUGUUCAUAAAAAUAACAAGGAGUUUAGUGAAUCAGACAGGUCCUCCGUUGAUAAAUUUUUGAGAGAGGAACAAACAACGCAAAGGAACAUCAAUUCUAUGGAGAAAUUAUUGAAACCUGCACAAAGAUAUUAUUUACAUAAAAUAAUGAAACUGUACAAUUGUAGAAAUAAUCAUAUCAGUCCUCUAUCAUAUCUGUCCCCUAUGUAUAAUAGAAUGUUCCAUGGCGUUCCUGCUUUUGUGCCUAAAAAAUAUUUACAUUUUUUGAAAAAUGAAUACUAUGUAUCAGAGGAUUAUGCUUACAUUACUUACAAAUCUCAUGUUUUCUUUCCAGGUGUAAUGCAUUGGGUUAAUGAACAUUUUGUUAAGAAAUGUUCAAAUAUUAAUAAUUGGUAUAGAGACACAAAGAAACUAUCAAAUAUCACAAGCAUUGAACAAAUGGAGUUUAAAGAUAUGAAAACCUUCGUUGCUAAUAUGAAGUUUUAUGGGACCGAUAAUAUGACUACGUUUGCCAAUCUCUAUAAUGCAUUUGACCAGUUUGCCUACAGAAUGAAGGAAUUGGCGAUUGAAUUCGAUCCUACGUUGAAGCAAAAAGAGAAAAAAGAGUUAUUGAAUAUUUUAAAGAACCAAUGUAGUGAAAAGAUUAAAUCGCCCGGAAAAGAUGCACUUUUAUAUGUAUAUGAAAAGAGACUUUUUAAGAAAUUAGCUAGAAAUUUUGAUCCUGCUUUAAUCGAAGAUGUGAAAGAUAACAUCGAUAAAAUGUACUUGAAUAAAUACUGGAAGCAAUUGUUAGGAUUGAAGAACCGUGAAUUGUCUCUAUUCCAUACAAACUUUGAAAGUUCAUCUGAAUAUAUUGUGAGACCAUCCAAUUCUACAUCUAAAUUGGUUGAUAUGAAUUAUCAAGGGAGAAAGGAUAUGUAUCCUGAUAAGUUUAGUAAUUGUCCAAAGUUAUUUAGUAAAGAUCCAAAUUGA